AUGAUGCAAAAAACGGCCACCGACGUGCAACCAUCCUUUGUAAAAGCUUUUGUGAGAGGUAUGUCGAUUACAUAAUGGGCCUAUCACCAAUAUUUGUUUUCUAACCGGCAUUACUGAUUUGGUUUUCCCAAAUAUAUUUGCGAAAAUGAACGUUGUACUUCAACGCAAGACAGGGUAUGUUAAAACUCGUCUACUAAAACUGCUCUCAUCAGCUUAAGGGCUUGUUAAUGAUAUCCUUAUUCAUACCUUGAUCAGAAUGUGAUCAAGUACGUUGAAUCGCUCGGUUUUAUUUACCACACUGUGCGUAAAGAGACUCUCUGAUCCUUUUGCCCCAAGAGUGAGUUACGUUAAUGAGGCCAUUGUUGUUGUUGUUGUUGUUGUUGUUGUUUUGUUCAGCGCACCACUCCUUAUCUCCUGAAAUUUUCUUAUGGUGAGGUUUAUUCCUUCCUCAUUAGGAAAGAAAAACGAAUCUACAUAUUUAGAGUAGCAUGUACAGGCCAAAUGUGUUGAGUUUGAGUCGUAUGUUUGUUUUUUUCUAUGCAGGAGCAAGUGCCUGUGUUCGGUUGAAGAUGUUCGGUGAAGCCAUCACAUGGUGUGAUAAAGGAUUAGCAGUAUCUUUUAAUAAUUUAGAUAUUAUUUCUUCACAAACCUUCUUUAUUCUUCUGCUAAAUGUUGAAAUAUAUCUAGUGUAGACCCACAUGCACGUCUAAAUACACCAAUAGGAUGUUUGUAUGCAAACUCGUGACAAUGAAACAAACACGCUUAUGGCUCCGUCAACUUCCUAGCCCUGCCACCCCCCCCCCCCCCCCCCCCCCCACCUUUUUCUUUUUUUAAAAACACAAAAAAAAAGUGUCAAUGUCCCGCCGGUUCUCUUGGACAUCAAAACGACAAUAGAAUAAUAAGAUAUAUUUGUACACUCAUGACGGACAAACCAAGAUGAAAAAAAAAAAAAGAAAUAUAAAACNAAAUUCAAUAUGUUUCGAUCGACUCGCGUUUCAAAACAACCGGGCAAGAAAAAAAAAAGGCCUAUUGCCAAAAUUUUAAGUAUAAUUCGUCGUUGACUGAAACAUGUAAUUCUUUAGCAUUACAGUCUAAAAACACCAAUUGGAUGUUUGUAUGCAAACUCGUGACAAUGAAACCACCACGCUUAUGGCCCCGUCAACUUCCUAGCCCCGCCCCCCCCCCCCCCCCCCCGUAGAUCUGUUCGUUUCCUAGAAAUACGAAGGAAACCGUUUUAUGUCCCGCCGUCGAUUUCGCGAGUCAAAAACACGGUUGAAAUUCAAUAUGUUUCGAUCGACUCGCGUUUCAAAACAACCGGGCAAGAAAAAAAAAAGGCCUAUUGCCAAAAUUUUAAGUAUAAUUCGUCGUUGACUGAAACAUGUAAUUCUUUAGCAUUACAGUCUGCUUAUUUGUAAAAAAGCCGAGGUAAAAAUAUGCCCGUUGCUUACCCUUGAGAGGUAGUUGAAUGAAGGCAACGAUUUUCAUUGUUUAUAGUUGAUUUGCCUUUUUUACAAAUAAAUUAAGGGAAAAAUAUAUAAAUUACAAGCGAGUAAUAUUUUUUGAAAAAAAUACCCCUUCCCUAGGAGUGUAUGUAUGGUCUUUAAAUGUUCAAUACCCCUUAAAUUAUUUUCAAUGCAUACAUCUUUGCCAUGCUAAACACGAUAUAUUAAUUUAAUAAAUCCGUUUAGUGUGUUAACUUUGUGUUAAUCAGCUUAUCAUCGUCCGUCCCGCCUUUUCUAAUGCAAAUUCUUCUAAGCUACUAGCAUCCACAGACUUGCUUUUAAACGUUUUCGCGUUCCACACUUUGUACAACGGAAUUUCCCAUAAACAUAACGUUAAGACCCAAGAUGAUUUAUCUCAAGUUCGCAUUUUUUUAGUUCAGAAACUUGACAGGUUGUUAAAAUUUUUAACAAGUUUACUUAUACAAGAUCGACCAGAACGACCAGAAGUUGUUGGAAUUACGGGGCAAGUCUGUAAUAGAACAGAAAAAACUGAAAGAAAAUCACGGAGAAGAGGUAAGUAUGUAAAGAAAGGGAGUAAGCGGUUAUAUGCAAUACGCGCCCUUAAGAAGUGCGGACUAACUGAUAGGCAGCUUAUUCUUGUCUAUUGUAGUAUCAUCAGGUCUGUUUUAGAGUAUGCGAGUCCCGCUUGGGCUGGCCUCUCGCAAUACUUAAGUGAUCACAUUGAAUCAAUACAAAAGAGGGCGCUAAAAUUAUUUUUCCUUCUCGGUGCUAUGAGGACGCGCUUAAGAAAUCAGGCUUAAUUUUGCUGCGCCAGAGGAGGGAGGAUGCGUGCAUAACAUUUCUCAAGCGAAGUUACUCUUCUUCCGACCUGCUACGAAGCUUAGUGCCGCGAGUUGNGAUCGACCAGAACGACCAGAAGUUGUUGGAAUUACGGGGCAAGUCUGUAAUAGAACAGAAAAAACUGAAAGAAAAUCACGGAGAAGAGGUAAGUAUGUAAAGAAAGGGAGUAAGCGGUUAUAUGCAAUACGCGCCCUUAAGAAGUGCGGACUAACUGAUAGGCAGCUUAUUCUUGUCUAUUGUAGUAUCAUCAGGUCUGUUUUAGAGUAUGCGAGUCCCGCUUGGGCUGGCCUCUCGCAAUACUUAAGUGAUCACAUUGAAUCAAUACAAAAGAGGGCGCUAAAAUUAUUUUUCCUUCUCGGUGCUAUGAGGACGCGCUUAAGAAAUCAGGCUUAAUUUUGCUGCGCCAGAGGAGGGAGGAUGCGUGCAUAACAUUUCUCAAGCGAAGUUACUCUUCUUCCGACCUGCUACGAAGCUUAGUGCCGCGAGUUGCGCACACAAGACCGUAUGCCCUUAGAACAGGAGAAUCUGUUUCUGUGCCAGCCUCCUCAAGAACUAACAGAUUUGGAAAUUUUUGCACCAUCGAAUACCAGAAUCACGUUUAAAAUAGCGAACUGUGAUAUGUCUUAACAUUAACAGUUGUAAUACGUGUCAUAAUUCCGAGGUAUUUGUAUGUAAUUAACGACCCGCCUUGUAAUUCAGUUUAUGCUGCAAAAAGGUUGAAUAAACGAUCAUUAUUAUUAUUAUUAUUAUUAUUAUUACUAUUAUUAUUAUUAUUAUAUAAAAAAGGACUUAAAGGGAAGGUUACACCGUUCAGCGCAUGCUCAUCAAUCAAAAUGCUGUAUUUCUGCUGGGAGAUGCUGUAUCGUCUAUGCAAGCAAUAUUAUCAUGUCAUAAUGUUGUCAAAGAACGAAUCGGCACACCCCCUCGGCGGUCACUUGAUCGACUUGUGUGCAAAUAGCUGUAAAUUCAUCAACCAUGGAAUACCACCCUUGGGUCAACGAUAAAUUCAACGUUGAUAGUGUUGGCAUAUUUUAAAAAUCCACUCAUUUUUUCUGCGAUUUUAGUACUCCUCCAUCCUACUUCAGGUUACCCUGAAAUACAAGUCUACUUUCAAGUACACUCUGAGAUAGCCAAGAUACAUGUGUGGGAUUAUUAACCGACAGAAUAAAUAAUAGAUUGGAAAAAAGCAAUUUAAUUAAUGAGCAGGCGCUGAACCGUGAACCUGUCCCUUUAAAUUACGUUGUCUCAGUGAGCUUAUUAUUGAACAUGCUUUGUCGGAUGUCUUAACUUGGAGAGCUCAUCUCACUCUAUAGUAUUGAUACAGUAGCUGGUUAGAGAAGCAGAUAUUUCUCUCGGUUAUUUAAAAGUGGCUGUUCUGUUUUAAAACAAUACUGAAGGCCUUUUGAGCUCAGUUAUCCCAUCUACUCCAUACGCAACUAUUUAGUAUACACUUUUCUAGUAAAAACAUCUUGGUUAUCAUCCAAGUACCUUCCCUGAUGCUCAUAAUGUAGAGUAAAAUACACAAACACUGGCGCACUUCCACUUGUCUUUAUGAAUUGAACCAAUGUUUGUGUAAUAUAGGAAUUUUCCUGUGCUGUAUUUAUACUUUUUUGUGCGAUAACCUUCAAUACAUACACCUGUUCCAUUAAUGCCAAUAUCUGUUUAAUGUUCUAUCACUACUUUAAAUGUCUAAUUUGUUGUCCAGAAACGAAAGCAUUGCAAACCAACUCUCCACAUAUAACUUUCUGAUCUUUGAACUGGUGAUACGUAUAAACACUUUUUUUUAUCCCAGUUAUGAGGUGAAAUAUUUCAAUCAUCAAUGUUUAGAACAACAACAUAUUCUGUAGACCAUUCACCAACAUCAUUUAUAAGACAAUGAAAUAUAUUUUUAGCAUUGUAAUAUUGUUUGACAUUUGACAUUUUUAUUUUUUUAUCUACAUAAUUUUUUGUUGUCGGUUUCAACACUUGAAAUAGGGUGAAAUGACAAACUAGUUAUUCGAUUAUCAUUCAUAUGUUAACGGAGCCAACCAUUGCGGCAGUUCCAUCUGUUUUAACAUAAUUGGAUCCCCUUAAUCCCUCCUCAUUGUCAACAUAUGGUUUAUUUGUUCCAUCAGAAGAUUAUGAAAGCGAUUUUAGAUUUCGGAGGUACCUAUUUUUCAUAUUAAUAUUUUUAAUAACAUAUGGAAACUUUUUGGAUGCAAAACUGAUAUUGACAAUGUUGCCAUCAAGUACUUGGUUGAAAAAAAGUUAUUUUACCAAUAUUUGAAAUAAAUACUUUUACCAUUCAUAUUAAUAUCUGAAUUUUUUAAAAUCAAUUUCAUUUACCAUAAUCUUUAUUUACAGAUAAUGGUCUCUAUUUGUUGGAGUUUUGACAGUAUAAACAAAGUUUUUUCCCAUAUCCAAAUAUUUUUCCAUUGGAAAAAAAGAUCCGUUUUUACUUACAAAUAUAUCACGAACAUUCUCUUCAUUUCGAUUCGCUGUGAAAUCGUUUUUGCUACCCAUAACAAUGUAGUUACCUUGAAGGUCAAUAUCUUGAUUAUUAUCAUGUUUUGUAAUUGCAUCACUGAAAUCAGAACCUUCAGCAACAUUUGUUAGAUUUUUAUCGUCAAUAUCAUAAUUCCCAUUUUUUGUUAAAUCAAAACCUCCUCCGUUUACUACAAUCUGUGUAUUUUCACUCGUAAAGUUUAAAAUUCCGUU